GUACCCCAUUCUAAGUUGUUAGCCUUGUGUUACAAUCAAAGAUCAACAGAUCUCGAAUUCGAACAAUAUUGUUGCCUCUCUGCCACAAUCUAAAGAAAAGUUAUGAUCGAAGGUUUUCUAAGAACUUGUUAACUUUGUGGUACAAGCAAAGGCUAAUAAAUUAAGGGUCCAAAGAAGAUGCAGAGCCCAAUAUAGAAUGAUUCAACCUGUUAGCGGGCAAAAGAAAGGGCCCAGAUCUACUUAAGCAAGAGCGACAGUUGCUUCCAGCAAAACGCGUUUGACGCAACGUAGAAAAGUGAAGCAGAGACACAGAGGAAAGAAGAAGCAGUGGCCAGACCAACAGAGUCUCGUGCUUUUCUUCAUUCUCUCCCACAUUCCUCUCUCUCUCGCUCUCCGUUAACUCAUUGUAAGUUCGCUCACAUUUCUUUGAUUCUUCCAAGCUCCGAUCCUCGUUGAAGUGGCUGCAAUUCCAACCAAUUGCGCUUCCAAUUGCCUGUCAUUGUCUUCUUCACUCUGAUUCCGAUCUAAUUCUGAGUUCCAUUUCUCUGUAUCAAUAUUUGGACGAAAAAGUCUUAACAUUUUUUGUUUUUUGGUUGAUUCACUGCUGCUGUUCUGAUCACCCUUUUUGUCCGUUUCAAUUUUGGCUUGUUUUGUUCGUAUUUUCAAAGAACAGGUAGGCCAGAGGUUUUGUCACCGUGCGUUUGAGGCUUUUGUCAGCAUUUGUUUAUCAAAAGCAGCAGAAUGAGUGGGGUGGGUGAUUGCCCAAAAAUUAUUAAACCUCCCCACGUUCUAUCUUGUACUCAUUUUGUCUCUCAUGGUCAAAAAUUAUCUGCCCAUUAUUUUUCUUUUGCAUUUUAUUUGUUGUUUAUUGAAAUUCAUCACUGUGCAUUGAAUCUUAUUAUUAAAAUAAAUUCAUAGAAUAGAGUUGAGAAUUUGAAAAUGUUUUUUUCUUAGUCUUUCUUUGUUCCCCUUUUAUCUGAUUAUGUGAAGUGUAUCUAUGUAAGAAGGUUUCAUGGAUGUAGAAGCAUUGUAACUGGUCCUACCCAUCAAGAGCUUUCCAGGCACUUCUCAUAACAAUGGUUCUGGGGAUAAGAACAAAGAGCAGGAAGAGCACAGCUGUUCAGGUUGAUUACCUUAUCCAUGUGCAGGAGAUUAAACCAUGGCCCUCAUAUAAGGCUUUGAGAUCUGUACAGUCUGUGUUGCUUCAAUGGGAAAAUGGUGAUCAAGUUUCUGGAUCCUUUACUUGUAAUGUUGGAGAUGGGAAGAUCGAAUUCGGCGAGUCUUUCACCCUUCCAGUCACUUUGUACAGGGAGAAAUCAAGAAAAAGCACUGUACGUGAUACUUACCAGAAGAACAACUUGGAAUUUUACUUGUAUGAACCUCGAAAAGACAAGGCAGUGAAAGGUCAACUGUUGGCAUCAGCCGUGAUAAAUCUUGCAGAUUAUGGUAUCAUCAUAGAAACCAGAAAUGUGAGCACUCCAUUGAACUGGAAGAAAAGCUUUAAGAGUUCCGCUCAACCGGUUCUUUAUGUUAAUGUUCAGCCAUGUGUUAAACCUAGCUCCAGCUUGUCAUCAAAGGGCAGCUUGUCCAGAGAAGUGUCUCUGGAGAAUGAUGGAAUUGAAUCUGUUCCAGAGUCCAUGAAUGAUGGCAAAGAUGAGAUUGCCUCAUUUACUGAUGAUGAUGAAGAUGAUGAUGAUGGUGUUUCCUCACAUUCAUCACAUACUGUAACCUCCUCUGCUUUUGAGAAAACAGUCAGUUCAUUACCUAGCAGCAGUGAAAAGAAUGAAUCAGAAUCAACAACUGAUAGCACUAGACGGCUUUAUGGGGAGCCUGCCGUUGAGUCAAUAGCAGCAUCUGCAAGCACAGGGGCAACUCCAGUGGCUAAAGCAUUCAAAAACCAAAAUGGAAGUUCAUCUCCAUCAUCGUCAAUAGGCUCUUCCUCCAUUCUGCUGAACCCUGCAAAUGAUCCUGCUUCUUUGCUUAACGUUCCAAGGGAGAGCUCAAUGCCAACCCUGAAAAAAUCUCUCACUCCCUCUGUUCAAUCAUCUUCUUCAUCCUUUGGCCAUCAAGAAAGCCAUCAAAAAUCUGGUAACCAUAAUAUUAAGGACAACAGAAUUCACAAAACUCUUUCUAACAGUAGUGCCAGAAUGCAUGAAAAUUCUCAAAUGGGUAAUAUUGUCAGUAACCAUGCUACUGAAGGUGCAUCCUCAAGCACGCCUAUUCAGGAGGACACAGACUCAGUAUUUGCAAGCAAUGCAGAUUUGCAAGCUAAUCGAGAGGAUGGUCAUCUCCUAAAUGUGAAAGAAUAUUCAUUUGAUGACAAAUUAGCUUCUAGAUUUUCACAAGACGCUACCAGAAAACAAGUCAGGUUAAAGAGUGAAACUUUUACAAUCGGCAGGAAUACUGUUGGAGUGCAGGGCAGUAAGGUUAAAAGUAAUGAAUUAAAGCAUGUAAAGUCUUUGCAGUUACCUUUUGUCUCAGCUCAGAACAAUAGACUUCCAAGCAAUAAUGAGUUUGUCGAGAAGUCAAAGGAAGCUGAUAUUCCUGAAGAUGUUCAUGUUUGUGGUAUGAUUAGUGGAACAAGUGAAAGAGAAGAAACAACAACCAGAUUUUCUGAUAGUAAAGUUGACUUGGAGUCCACAAUUGAAUUGCUUAAGGAAGAAUUGAGAGAAGCUGCUGCUGUUGAGGUUGGCCUUUACUCAGUUGCCGCUGAGCAUGGGAGCUCUGCAAAUAAGAUUCAUGCUCCUGCUCGAAGGCUGUCUAGAUUCUAUUUUAAUGCUUGCAAAACGAGCUCUCAAGCUAAGAAGGGAAACGCAGCAAGAGCUGCUAUUACUGGAUUGAUUUUGGUGUCUAAAGCAUGUGGAAAUGAUGUUCCAAGGUUGACAUUCUGGUUGUCGAAUUCAAUUGUGUUGAGAGGUAUCAUCAGCCAGAGCUUAGGGAAACCACAAAUUUCUGCUCGACCCGGAACUAAAAUUAAUGCUGGGGGGCUUUUAUCAGCAAAGAAUGGGUUUCCUCUUCACAAGGAAGAGAAUGAUAGGACUCUUGAAAGUUUUGGUACUUGGGAAGAUCCACAGAUAUUUAUGGCCGCUUUGGAAAAGUUUGAAGGUUGGAUCUUCUCCCGAAUUGUUGAGUCUGUAUGGUGGCAGAAUAUGACUCCAUAUAUGCAGUCAGCAGCUGCCAAGGGCUCAAGCUCAAGGAAAACCUAUGGAAGGAAGUAUGGUUUGGGUGGUCAUGAGCAGGGUAAUUUUUCUAUGGAGCUGUGGAAAAAGGCUUUCAAAGAUGCCUGUGAAAGGCUUUGUCCUGCAAGAGCUGGUGGACAUGAGUGUGGUUGCUUGCCUCUGCUGGCUCGUUUGGUAAUGGAGCGGUUAGUGGAUAGAUUGGAUGUGGCUAUGUUCAAUGCUAUUCUUCGUGAAAAUGCUGAAGAGAUGCCCACAGAUCCUGUGUCUGACCCCAUAAGUGAUUCCAAGGUUCUCCCUAUUCCAGCUGGAAAGUCAAGCUUUGGGGCUGGUGCACAGCUAAAAAACGCGAUUGGAAGCUGGUCCCGAUGGCUUACUGAUCUAUUUGGUAUAGAUGAUAGUGAUGCUCCUGAUGAUGAUACUGAACUCAGUGAUCAAAAGCGACUAAACUGCGAUACAUCCUUUAAAGCUUUCCGUCUUCUUAAUGCUUUGAGUGAUCUGAUGAUGCUUCCAUUUGACAUGCUUUCAGAUAAAUCCACCAGAAAAGAAGUAUGCCCUACAUUUGGUGCACCACUGAUCAAGAGGGUUCUUUACAAUUUUGUUUCAGACGAGUUUUGCCCAGACCCAAUUCCCGAAGCAGUUUUUGAGGCUCUUGAUUAUGAGGAGAAUUUAGAAGCUGAAAUAGAGUCUGCUUCAAGUUUCCCAUGUGCUGCAAAUCCUACAGUCUAUUCACCACCUCCAGCUGCUUCACUAAUAGGCAUUAUAGGAGAGGUGGGAAGUCCAACUCUCUUGAGGAGUGGGUCAUCGGUGGUUAAGAAAUCAUACACUAGUGAUGAUGAGCUUGAUGAGUUGGAUUCACCGAUGACUGCAAUCAUCAUAGACAAUUCCCCGGUUUCUCCCAGCUCAUUGACAGCCAACUCAGUGCUGAAGUCGAAGGGUGGUCGAAAAGUUGUCAGAUAUCAACUCCUCCGUGAAGUUUGGAAGGAUAGUGAAUGAUCUUCUCUUUCGUGUAUGCAUUUGGCGUACUUGGGGUGGGUUGUUCAGUGGUCUCUUUACUUUUCACUCUUGUACAGAUAUGAGUUUGUUGUAUACAACCAUAUGAAUGUUAGGGAAGUUUGUUCCAGAGGCAUGGAGGCCUAUUAAUGUUUGAAUAAUGAUACUUGUAGAGGGAAUUUUUUUGUUUAAUGGGAAGCCUUAAUUUUAU